AUGCAACAAAUUCCUCCAAACUUCAAAUGGCCGCUAUGGGAGACCAGCCAGCCAUGUCCUCCAAUAAUUAAAACAAGAACUACUUUCUCAAAUUUCCCAGUUUAUAACUUCCCGCUAUGGAUCCUACUUGGAGUAUUGACUUUCCCUUGUUGCGUGCACUGUUUAAUUUUCAAAGUUGGAGUUUUAGGGCCUUGGAACUGCGAUCCAAUUUAUUACAAGGCGUAUCCUACUGCAGCUGCCAGACUGGCUAUAAGCAGGAUCAAUGGCGAUCCCAGUCUAGACUUGGGCCUAACCAUGGAGUUUAUCAUCUUGCAAGAACCAUGUGAAACGUCAAAAGCCCUAACUGCAUUUAUUUAUUAUGAAGAACAAGCUGAUGCAUUUGUAGGACCCACCACCCCUGGAUAUUGUACAGCGGCGUCACUUUUGGCCAAAAACUGGGAAAAGGCUCUCUUCUCAUAUGGAUGCAUAAACUACGAACUGGAUAGAGCAACUGGAUACCCAACUUUUGCCAGGACUCUGCCUGUAGCCACCGAUGUGUUGUUCACUGUGUUCAAACACUUCAGGUGGGCUAAUAUUGCAGUGGUUUCUUCAAAUGAGGACAUCUGGAUGGACUCUGCAGGAAGAGUGGCCACAGCUUUGAGGAACAGAGGGCUCCCUGUGGGUCUGGUGGCCUCUGUGGGCAAUGAGACAGAGAUGGAGGGUACACUGAAGAAGAUUGAGAAUACACCAGAGAUUAGAGUGAUCAUCAUGUGCAUGCACUCGGUGUUGAUUGGAGGAGAGCAGCAGGCCACUUUUCUGCUCGCUGCUCAUGAGAGAGGUUUUACGGCUGGAAAGUACGUCUUUGUUCCCUAUGACACCCUGUAUUACAGCGUGCCCCACAACGUCACAUACUUCGCCCUGAAAAACAACAGUCGGCUGAGAGAAGCCUAUGACGCCGUGCUUACUGUUACCAUGGUGUCAGACCCCCUGUCUUUUCGUGAGGCAUUUAAUGCUGCAAAAAUGUCCCAGGAAGUGACACUAACCGUGAUGCCAGAGCAGGUAAACCCUCUGUUUGGGACCAUCUAUAAUAGCCUCUACCUUCUGGCCAAAUCCAUCCACAGUGCCCGGAGAGCAGGCAUGACACUAUCCGGCUCUAAUCUGGCUUAUUUCACCAGAAACACUGUCUUCAAUGGAUUUAACCAAAAAUAUCUUGUCGACAAGACCGGGGAAGUCAAAACCAACUAUAUCAUACUGGACACUGACAAAGGCUAUACUCUGUACCAAACCUAUCUCGUGGAUCUUCAGUCUUCUAAACUACGAUUUGCUGGAAAGUCAAUUUUUUUCCCUGGAGGAGGACCACCACCGUCAGAUUCAAUCUGCUGGUUUGACCCCCUUAUUCCCUGUACUGGAGGCGUGCAAGUGACAUACAUCAUCAUUGUUUUUGUUGUCACCUUUUCACUGGGUCUUGCGGCUCUUGGAAUAAGUUUAUACAUAAGGAGGAGGCUUCACCAAAUUCAGCUGAUUAAAGGACCCAAUAGGAUCGUUUUGACACUGGAAGAUCUAACUUUUAUUAACCCCCAACUGAGCAGAAAGAAAAUAACCUUGGAAGAUCUGAGUGAGUCUAAAAGUGCAAUAGAAGACAAGUCACAAGAUCGCUCCCACUCUCUGAACAGCAUGCAGACAGCCACUCACGAGACCACCAAUGUCGCUGUUUAUGAGGGUGAUUGGGUGUGGCUAAAGAAAUUUGAAGAUGGACAGUUUAAAGAAGUGAAGCAGCAAACCACCAAGAUUUUCACAAAGAUGAAGGACCUCCGAAAUGAGAACGUGAACCCUUUCUUGGGCUUCUUCCAGGACAUUUCGAUGGUUGCUGUGGUGACGGAGCACUGUUCCAGGGGCAGUCUGCAGGAUCUGCUCAGGAAUGAGGAUGUGAAGCUGGACUGGAUGUUCAAGUCCUCACUCGUAUUGGACCUCAUCAAAGGGAUGAAAUACCUCCACCACAGAGAUUUUCCUCAUGGGAGGCUGAAAUCUCGUAACUGUGUGGUCGAUGGUCGCUUCGUCCUCAAAAUCACAGACUAUGGUUUUAAUGAAUUACUGGAGUCACAGAAAGCCCCGUAUGAAGAACCACCACCUGAGGAGUUGUUUUGGACUGCUCCAGAGCUCCUCAGAGACCAUUUAAGUUCGCGCAGAGGCACUUAUAAAGGAGAUGUGUACAGUUUUGCCAUUAUCCUCCAGGAAGUGGUGGUCCGAGGACCUCCAUACUGCAUGCUUGGACUACCACCUCAAGAGAUCAUCCGUAAAGUGAAGAAGCCCCCUCCGAUGUGCCGUCCCACCGUAGCCCCUGACCAGGCCCCUCUGGAGUGUAUCCAACUCAUGAAACAGUGUUGGAGCGAGCAGCCUGACCGCAGGCCCAACUUUGAUGAGAUUUUUGACAGGUUCAAGAUCAUUAACAAGGGCAAGAAGACCAACAUCAUUGACUCUAUGCUGCGGAUGUUAGAACAGUACAGCUCAAACCUGGAGGACCUGAUCAGGGAGCGGACUGAGGAGCUGGAGGUGGAGAAGCAGAGAACGGAGAAACUACUGUCAGAAAUGCUCCCACCUUCUGUAGCAGAGGCCCUGAAAACUGGAGCCACAGUGGAGCCGGAGUACUUUGAUCAGGUGACCAUUUACUUCAGUGACAUUGUGGGCUUCACCACCAUCUCCUCCCUCAGCGACCCCAUCGAGGUGGUGGACCUCCUUAAUGAUCUCUACAGUCUGUUUGACGCUGUGCUUAGCAACCAUGAUGUCUAUAAGGUGGAGACUAUAGGUGAUGCUUACAUGGUGGCGUCUGGUUUACCAAAGAGAAACGGAAACAAACACGCCGCAGAGAUCGCCAACAUGUCCCUGAACAUUCUCAGCUCCGUGGGGACUUUUCGGAUGCGCCACAUGCCCGACAUUCCGGUCCGGAUCCGCAUUGGGAUCCACUCAGGACCAUGUGUUGCUGGAGUGGUUGGUCUGACAAUGCCUCGGUAUUGCCUUUUUGGAGACACUGUCAACACUGCCUCAAGAAUGGAAUCUACUGGACUGCCUUACAGAAUCCAUGUAAAUCUCACCACUGUAAAGAUCCUGCGUUCACUGAAUGAGGGCUACAGAAUCGAAGUCAGGGGCAAGACUGAGCUGAAGGGUAAAGGAAUUGAAGAGACGUACUGGCUUGUAGGGAAGACAGGAUUUUCAAAACCAUUGCCAAAACCGCCAGAAAUCAGACCUGGGGACAAUUGGCAAGAGAUGGUGACAGAGGAAAUCAAGACUCUGUUUCGAAAGGCAAAUCGUCUGGUGGACAAAAAGACUUGA